AUGGGGGCUGUGGCUGCCCUGCUCCGGGCCCUGCUGCUCCUCGGGGGGCCGCGCUCGGCCCCCGCCCUGGGGCUCCUCCAGGACCCCCCCACCAUAUACGAGGGACCCCCCGACAGCUAUUUCGGCUUUGCUCUGGAUUUCCACACGACCGAGGGCAGUCCCAGCGUGGUGGUGGGGGCACCCCGCGCCAACACCUCCCAGCCCGGCGUGACUCAGCCUGGUGCCGUCUUCCUCUGCUCCUGGCCCCCCGGCAAGACCCCCUGCCGCCCACUCCCCAUCGACGCUGCGGGGAACGAGACGGAGACCCACAACACCUUGAAGCUCCACACCUACAAGUCGCACCAGUGGCUGGGGGCGUCCGUCACCAGCUGGGACGGCAAACUGGUGGCCUGCGCCCCACUGCAGCACUGGAACGCGAUGGACAGGCAGCACGAGGCUUUCCGCACCCCGACAGGCGCCUGCUUUGUGGGUGCCCCUGGGCUGCGGCGCGUUGCCUGGUACUCGCCCUGCCGCGACCAACUCAUGUCCAACACCUACCGCGAGAGCUACUACGCCUACGACAAGCGCUACUGCGAGAUCGGCUUCAGUGCGGCCGUCACCCCGGACGGCGUACUGGUGCUGGGUGCCCCCGGCGGGUACUACUUCACGGGGCUCCUGUACUCGGUGGAGGUGGAUGCCAUCCUCACCCGCUUCCACGGCAAGUCCCUGCUGUGGCUGGAGAGCCCGGGGCGGCCCACGGCGGAGCCGGUGUCGGUGGAGUAUGAGGACGGGUACCGGGGGUACUCGGUGGCCGUGGGCGAGUUCGAUGACAAUCCCAAGACCAAAGAGUACGUGGUGGGGGUCCCCAACAAGAGCAACACGAGGGGCGAGGUGGAGAUCUUCAGUGUGGGGCUGACCCUGCGCCGGCUGCAGGGCAUCGCCAGCGAGCAGGUGGCAUCGUACUUUGGGCACACAGUGGCCGUGGCCGACGUCGAUGGGGACGGGCAGGACGACGUGCUGGUGGGUGCCCCCCUGUACAUGGCCCGGCGCCCCGACGGCCAGCGCAGCGAGGUGGGGCGCCUCUACCUGUACCUAGGGGGGGGGCAGCGGCCCCUCACCCGGCCCCCCCAGACCCUGACGGGCACCCACCCCUACGGCCGCUUCGCCGCUGCCAUCGCCAGCCUCGGGGACCUGGACAAUGACGGCUACGGCGACGUGGCUGUGGGUGCCCCGCUGGGGGGUGACAGUGGCAGCGGGCAGGUCUUCAUCUUCCGCGGGCAGAGCGAGGGUUUGGUGCCGGUGCCCACCCAGCGCCUCAACAGCCCCUUCCCCGGCCCGGCCGCCUUCGGCUUCGCCCUACGCGGUGCCACCGACCUGGACGGCAACGGCUACCCGGAUCUGCUGGUGGGGGCUUACGGGGCGGCCAAGGUGGCCGUGUACCGGGGACAGCCCGUGGUGGUGGCCCGGACCCAGCUGAGUGUCCCUGACGGGCUGAACCCCGACCUCCUGGCAUGUGUCCUGCCCGGCUCCGAUGCCCGCGUCAGCUGCUUCUCCGUGGUGCUGUGCGUCAGCGUGACGGGCCAGCACAUCCCCCAGAGCAUCCGCCUCGACGCCGAGCUGCAGCUGGACCGGCUGAAGCCCAAGCUGUCCCGGAGGGUCCUGCUGCUGCAGGGCCACCAGUCGUCCUGGCACGAGGCACUGGUGCUGGCCCCGGGGACACCCCCCCUGUGCCACAACCUCACUGCCUACCUGCGGGACGAGGCCGACUUCAAGGACAAGCUGAGCCCGGUCACCCUGAGCCUGAGCCUGGCGCUGCCCGGGGGGGACCCGGGGCUGGUGCUCUACGGGGACACCCUGGUGCAGGCGCAGACCCACAUCAUACUGGAGGACUGCGGCGAGGACAACCUCUGCGUCCCCGACCUCCACCUGGCCGCCGACACGCCCAGCAGGCGCCUGCUCAUCGGGGCGGAGGCCAUGCUGCGCCUGCGCGCCAACGCCAGCAACGCGGGCGAAGGCGCCUUCGAGGCCGAGCUGCGGGUGCAGCUGCCCCCCGGCACCCACUACCAGGCGGCCCGCAGCAGCAUCCCGGGGCAGGAGAAGCUGAGCUGCAACCCCAGGAAGGAGAACGGGAGCCACGUGGUGCUCUGCGAGUUGGGCAACCCCAUGAAAGCGGGCGCCCGGAUCACCGUGGACAUGGAGCUGAGCGUGUUCGGGCUGGAGGACAUGGGUGAUGCCAUCACCUUCCAGCUCCAGCUGCGGAGCAAGAACAGCCCCAGCUCCGCCAACACGUCGGUGAUGGUGAUGGUGCCCGUGGAGGCGCAGGCGGCGAUGGAGCUGCGAGGCAACUCCCUGCCUGCCACCACGGUGCUGCCCGCGAGCUGGCGCAGGGUGGAGGGCAGCCGGCGGCUCGAGGACCACGGCAUCAAGGUGGAGCAUGUCUACCAGCUCCACAACAAGGGUCCCAGCACCGUCAGCGGGGUGACUCUGCGCCUCGCCGUCCCCAACCAGUUGGGCGGCCGCAUCCUGCUCUACCUGCUGGAGCUGAGCACCGAGGGGGGCAUGAACUGCACCAACCCCCCCGGCCUCAACGCCGAGCAGCUGGAGAUCCCCCGGCCCACGGGCGCAGCACCCCGCAAUGGCACCCACCAGCGCGAGCGCAGGGAGGUGGAGGAGCCGCUGGGAGCCGGGCUGGAGGAGCCUGUCCCCACGGACUGCAGCAAUGCCACCUGCGUGGACAUCGCCUGCUGGGUGCCCAGCCUGGCCAAGGACCAGCGGGCGCUGGUGAGCGUCCAUGCCCUGCUCUGGAUGGACACCCUGCAGCAGCGGGAGAACCUCCUGAAGCAGUUCCUCAUCCAGUCGCGAGCCUGGUUCAAGACCUUGGCCAUGCCCUACCACGUCCGGCCCCGCAUCCUGCCCGCCGGGGAGGCCACGGCUGUCACCAAGGUGGUGCGCGCCAGACCCGGGGGCGAGGGGGCCGUGCCGGUGUGGUGGGUGGUGCUGGGCGUCCUCGCCGGGCUCCUGCUCCUCACCCUCCUCAUCCUCCUCAUGUGGAAGGCGGGUUUCUUCAAGAGGACGCGGCCACCCGCCGAGGAGGACAUGCAGGAGCUGGCACCCAGCCAGGUCCAGGAGCCGGGGGGUGCCCAGGGCUAA